CAAAACAUUGUUUUAUUAGCGUUAUGUUACCCGAUAGAAAGGGGAAAUACUUAUUCUAAUGAUAUUCCCGGAAAGAAAUGCGUUACAAAACCCUGAAAACUUUACAAAACAUUGUUUACACAAGGUUUACUUCAAGACUGUACGGACUGGAUAAAUCUCUGCGUAGCAAUAUUUUUCAUGUUUUUCAAGUGAUCUUGGUGUAGACUAAAUACAUGUCGAUGUAGAAAGUUGGAAAGCGCAUCGAAAACAUAAUGGAAAUUUCAAAGGGAAAAUUCCCUGCCCUUCAGUUAGUUCUGUAGGUUUUAUAUCUAUGAACCUGCACUAAUAUCAUCAAUGUCGAUCAAAGCUUCUAACUGGAAUUCCGGGAACGUUCAGUGCACGCUAUCGGUUGUAAUCAGAUCGCGCUUUGUUCAGACCUCAUAUAAUGAAUGGUAUACCAUAGCGUCUGUGGCAAAACUUUCCCAAGAAAGUCAAUGAGGGUCGUCAAUAUUUUCCAGAGGUUUGGUAUCAAAAUCAUUCCCAAGGCUCACGCUCGGUCGAAAAAAAAAAUAUUGUCGGAGUGGGUUUUACUGUGCUUGGACUGAGAAUGGAGAGAGAGAGAGAGGUUGAUUGACAAUGAAGUAAAGGAAAAGACAGCGAUGGACAAAAUGGUGAUAAAUUCUCUCAGAGCCACGGCCAGUUUCGAUGAAAGAUAAUCAAGCAAUUCAAAACUGCUGUCAGUUAUUCUGCACAGAUCUCAACAAAAGACUUAACAACCGCUGUUUCAGAAAUAAUUUCGAUUACAUUGAAAAAAUAAGAUGGGGGGAAGCAAAUUGGGAAGAUAAGAUCUUAAUUUUAAAAAGUCGCACACUUUUUUAGCCAAUCAAUUCACAGUGAUUCAAAAAUCGCAGGAAAUCACUUGCAAACCUCCGAAAUCUGAUUGGUUACUGAAAAAUUGAACGCUGCAAUAAUCAAAUCACAAAUCGCACCUUUUUGAGUGGAAUCGGUUAAAUUGCAUCGUUUUGAAACAGCGGCAUCCUAUUCAGACAUGAAUUUAAAAACCGCACAUUCCAGACUCCCAGUGAUUCUGCAAUUGCGAAGAAUCAAAGCAAUAUAGAAUUAAACAUACAUAUAUCAAUAUUAAGAAAAUCAUGAUCAAUAUGUUGGCAGAUCACAGUUUAAGAACUAUGGUAGAUAACCGUAGGACCGAGAACAGUGGGCGCGAGUAUGAUGAUGUCUUCGAUCACGUGAAAUCAUUUGGUCGAUAUCAGGUGAUACUCUAUGUUCUUGUAAGCCUCUACAUUUUUCCCAUCACAAGCCAGUUUGCAAUGCUCAUAUUCGCUACAGGGACACCUGGAUUUCAUUGCGUGACGUCUAAUGUCACGUGUCCUAAGAAGCAAUGCUGUGACGGAUGUACGUCAUAUGUUUUUGAUGGACCUUUUGACAGUGUUGUUUCUGAGUGGAAGCUAAUCUGUGACCGAGCAUACCUUGGUGCAACCAUCCAGGCAUGCUUUUUUGGGGGAAUGUGUGUUGGUUCGUUUUUAACGGGGAUGUUGUCAGACGCCUGGGGGCGAAAGAACUGCAUAUUUUUUUGUAAUGCUAUUUUGCUUCUUUCAGGCGUUGGUUCGGCUCUAGUGGACUGCAUCUCAUUUUUUGCUUUUCUUCGUUUUCUGGUUGGGUUUGGCACGGCCGGCACCAUGUUGACACUAUACGUUUAUGGCAUGGAGCUUGUUGGACCAAAGUUCAGGACCGCUGUGGGGAAUGCUGUUUACAUUUACUUUAAUGUCCUGGCGAUGAUUACUGCGCUCAUUUCGUAUCUUAUUCCAUCAUGGAGAAUAUUGAUAAUCGUCACUACUUCCCCUGCUGUACUCUUAUUCGUAUUUUGGAAGUGCAUCCCUGAAUCACCACGAUGGCUUGUCGCUCACGGUCAGCUUGAACAAGGUGCAAAUGAAAUACGAAAAUACGGAGCCAAAGAUGGUGGUCCUGUCGACGAUACGAUACUAAGGAGUCUUCUUGAAGAAGUCAGAUCUGAGCAGAUCAAGGCAAAUGAAGAAAACAAGAAGUAUACGUCGAUUGAUCUUUUACGCACUCCUAAGAUUAGAAAAUGGUCUGUCAUCGUUUGUUAUGAAUGGUUUGCUGUUUCCUUAGUCAGCUUUGGCAUUUUGCUCUUCAUGACGCAACUUUCUGGAGACAUCUACUUGAAUUACAUCGUCACUAGGAUAGCGGCCACAAUCCGCGUACCGUUCACAUAUAUCAUAUACCUAAAGUUUGGUCGUCGAGUUCCUAAUGGUGUCAUAAUGAUUGUCAUUGGUGUUUCUCUCUUGCUUGUGCUGCCGGUAUAUAAAGAUGUUCCCACUGCAACAACUGCUCUUACUCUUAUUGGUAUCAUUCUGUGUGACUUCAGCUGGACGGGGAUUUAUUUAAUCACUGCCGAGUUAUUUCCUACUAUUCUAAGGAACACAGCACAGGGCACAGGCUCAACGGCAGCUCGUAUUGGUGGGAUUAUAGCACCUUAUAUUGCAAUGAUGGGGCAGUUACCAGGACUUAGCAUUGCUUUCCCAACCACCAUACUUGGCUGUGUUGCAAUACUUGGUGGGAUAUUGAUGUACUGGAUUCCUGAGACACUAUUUUCUCCAAUGCAUCAAACAGUACAGCAGACUGAAGAUGCCAAGGAAGAUUUUGACAUACCAUGCUGUGGCAGGAAACUACCAUUAGACCAUAAUGAUAACACAGAAUACAGGAUAGUGACAAGAAUGUAAACCACAUGUCAUUCAUGAAAUUUCAUAA